AUGGGAAACGGGCGUAGGGGCGUAAAGUUUGCCCAUAGGAAAGGCAAUGGCAGUGUCGAUGGCCGUCGCGCCAGCUUCAGCGAGCAUAGCGAGGCCAGCCAGGAAGGCUCUCCCAAGGCGAGGUCAUCGCCGCACAUGGGCCAGAUUGCCGAGAAAGACGCCGCUCCACCUACCCAGAACGAUUACGAAAAGAAGAAGCAGAACUUCAUAACGAGGACAAUAUGGACGCUUCUCAUGAUCGGCGGCUUCUUCGCCGCCCUCUUCAUGGGCCACAUAUACAUCAUCCUCAUCAUCACCGUCGUCCAGAUCAUCUCCUUCAAGGAGGUCAUCGCCAUCGCAAGCGUCCCCUCUCGAGCCCGUCAACUCCGCUCUACCAAGAGCCUGAACUGGUACUGGCUUGCCACCACCAUGUACUUCCUCUACGGCGAGAGUGUCAUCUACUAUUUCAAGCACGUCGUCCUUGUUGAUAAGGUGCUCCUGCCGCUGGCCACGCACCACCGGUUCAUCAGCUUCAUGCUUUAUAUCAUCGGGUUCGUCUUCUUCGUCGGCUCUCUGAAGAGCGGGCAUCUCAAGUUCCAGUUCACACAAUUCGCAUGGACGCACAUGGCGCUCCUGAUCAUCGUGGUACAGGCACAUUUCAUCAUGAACAAUGUCCUGGAAGGCCUCGUCUGGUUCUUCUUGCCCGCCGCCCUUGUGAUCACAAACGACAUUUUCGCCUACAUAUGCGGCAUCACCUUUGGGCGCACUCAGCUCAUCAAGCUAUCUCCCAAGAAGACUGUCGAGGGCUUUGUUGGCGCGUGGGUUUUUACAGUCAUCUUUGGCUACGGCUUGACGAAUUUGAUGAUGCGCACCGGCUACUUCACAUGCCCUGUAAAUGACUUCGGCGCCAACAUUUUCACUGGCCUGCAAUGCCAGCCCAACCCCGUGUUCCUUCCCUACAAGUACGAGCUUCCUGAACUGUUCUUCCUACCGGAAAAUACCCAGUUCAGCAUUACCAUGGAGCCCAUGCAGAUACACACCAUGAUCUUUGCCACCUUUGCUUCUUUAAUUGCGCCUUUCGGUGGUUUCUUCGCCUCCGGGCUUAAGCGUACCUUCAAGAUCAAGGACUUUGGCCACUCUAUCCCUGGCCACGGCGGUAUGACCGAUCGUAUGGAUUGUCAGUUUAUCAUGGGCUUCUUCACGUUCAUGUACUAUCACUCUUUCAUCGCCACACACAAGGUUGGGCUAGGCGGUGUCUUGGAAACCGCCAUCACCGGUUUGACCGUGGAUGAGCAGAUCGAGCUUGUCCGGAACAUGGCGAGGUACCUGGGAAACCAGGGUGCCUUGGGAGCUGACGCUCUGUCAUGUUUGGAUAUGGCCCUGCCUACUAAGAGGUGA